CCGGAUGUUGUAGAUAGAUAUGUUGAUGAGUCUUCGCGGUAUCAGCCCAGCAAGACUAGUUGAGCGGAAUAAGACACUGGUGGAGGGCAUUACAUGUAACUUCAAAUUAAUAAACUCCCGCUGUCUUCAAGAGUUUGUCAUCAACUUAUCGGAAAUGUUUUCUCUUUCGACUUCCCUUCAACCACAGGUAACGGUCCAGCUGAGUCACCUCAUCAAUGCCCUGCACUCUCUGAAGGGUUCAGUGAGCAGCACUACUUCAGUCAAUCUCAAACACAGAGAGAACGCAUCAGAACAAGAUCUCAACUGCACAGAGCCAUCACUGACCCUCCGGGAUUUAGGAUUGACAGAUCUCGGGGUUGGCCAGCUAGAUGAGCUGGUGCAGAAGCUUCUGCCCUGUGUAACUCAGCGGGAUUCGCUCUCACAACUGAGGAGUGUGCCAAAUAUCUGGAGGACUUCCCAUCUUUCCUCAGAUUCAUUCUUUUACAACAAACAUGGGUUUUCAAGAAUGGGCGGUGUUACUCCUGUGUUCUCUAAGCCGAACAAGUCACCUCUCCAAACAUUAUGUACAGAUCUCAAAUAUUUGCCAUUGAUGAUCCCAAAUCGUGGCUUUAAAACUCUGAAGUCCAGAACACGCCGUCUACAGGGAGGCUUUGACAGUUCAGGGGAGCCGGAGGGAUUUACACCAUCAUUUAUGAAGGUCACCCAUACAGGUUUCCUUACACGAGACAAAGGGCCAGAUGUUGAAACAUUGGACAAGCUCCUUAAAAACAAAAACAUUCCUGAUGGUCAGCAUGAGGCUUUUAAGACUGGUUUUGCAGAGGGAUUCCUAAAAGCACAGGCCUUAACACAGAGAACCCAAGAAUCAUUAAGGAGAACACGACUGAUACUAUUGGUGCUUUUGCUGGUGGGCUUAUAUGGACUCUCAAAAACACCUUUCUUAUCAGUGCGAUUCCGAGCCACAUCAGGCCUGGACUCAGCAGUGGACCCUGUCCAGAUGAAGAACGUCACCUUUGAGCAUGUGAAGGGUGUGGAGGAGGCCAAGAAUGAGCUGCAGGAAGUGGUGGAGUUCCUCCGGAACCCACAGAAGUUCACUGCUUUGGGAGGAAAGCUGCCAAAAGGAAUCUUGUUGGUUGGGCCUCCAGGUACAGGAAAGACCCUGUUGGCCCGUGCUGUGGCAGGUGAGGCAGAUGUGCCAUUCUACUACGCAUCUGGCUCAGAGUUCGAUGAGAUGUUUGUUGGUGUUGGUGCUAGUCGAAUCAGAAACCUUUUCAGGGAAGCUAAAGCUAAUGCUCCUUGUGUUAUCUUCAUUGAUGAGCUGGAUAGUGUUGGAGGAAAAAGGAUUGAGUCCCCCAUGCACCCCUAUUCUAGACAGACAAUCAAUCAGCUUCUAGCAGAGAUGGAUGGGUUUAAGCCAAAUGAAGGUGUCAUCAUAAUUGGAGCAACAAACUUCCCUGAAGCUUUGGAUAAUGCUCUGAUCCGGCCAGGCCGUUUUGAUAUGCAGGUCACUGUGCCCAGACCAGAUGUGAAGGGCCGCACUGAAAUCCUCAAGUGGUACCUUAAAAAAAUUAAAGUAGACAGUGCUGUGGAGGCUGAGGUCAUUGCCAGAGGAACGGUGGGGUUCUCUGGAGCCGAGCUGGAGAAUCUAGUUAAUCAGGCUGCACUAAAGGCAGCUGUGGAUGGCAAAGACAUGGUGACCAUGAAGGAGUUGGAGUUUGCUAAGGACAAAAUACUGAUGGGGCCGGAACGCAGGAGCGCAGAGAUUGACAAGAAGAAUAAAGAGAUCACAGCGUACCAUGAGUCAGGCCAUGCUAUUAUUGCAUACUACACCAAAGAUGCCAUGCCCAUAAAUAAAGCCACUAUUAUGCCGAGAGGCCCCACUUUGGGUCAUGUGUCCAUGCUCCCAGAGAAUGACCGCUGGAGUGAAACUCGUUCUCAACUUCUGGCCCAGAUGGAUGUCAGCAUGGGCGGCCGAGUGGCUGAGGAGCUCAUCUUUGGCAGUGAGAACAUCACCACUGGAGCAUCAAGUGAUUUUGACAGUGCUACAAAAAUAGCCAGAAUGAUGGUGACCAGAUUUGGCAUGAGUGAAAAGUUGGGUGUCAUGACAUAUGCUGACCUCACCAAGCAGAGCCCAGAAACUCAGGCAGCCAUUGAACAUGAAGUCAGGAUACUUCUGAGGGAUUCCUACGAGCGUGCUAAAGCGCUCCUGAAGUCUCGUUCCAAGGAACACAAAAAUCUUGCUGAGGCUUUACUGCGGUAUGAGACAUUGGAUGCCAAAGAGAUCCAGCUGGUCUUAGAGGGAAAGACAAUAGGCAGCAGAUGAGGGCUCACCUGAAAUUUCAGGCAACAGGGAAAGGACAAUGGAACCCUAAAAGACAUGAAUGUAAAUAUGCAACCAAGAG